AUGUCCGUCACUGUAAAGUGGGGAAAAGAAAGAUUUUCAUUCGCCCUUCCUCCUCCAGACACAAAACUGUCUGCAAUUCGUACUGCCAUUUCAGAGCACACUCAUAUCCCAUACAAUGCUUUCAAACUCAUUUACAAGGGCACUGUCAUGAAGGACGACAACGCCACCAUCUCUCAAUACCAUCUCGUAAAAAACUCUUCAAUCACCAUCAUCGCUCAUGACCAUCCAAUUUCACAAACUGGACCACCGCAGCACGACCAGUCUUCUGAGCAAUCUCUCAUUAACACUAUAUCCUCAGAACUCGCAAACGUUCGCACCGAACUCCUUCCUUCCCUAAAUACCCUUCUCGCCACUCCAAGAGAAGAUACCCCCCUCCAGCAAAAGGAAUACAGGCGUCUCGGAGAGCUCCUUCUUCAGGCUCUCCUCCGUCUCGAUGCCCUCGAGUCAGAACGUGACUGGAUAGAUGCCCGUAACCAAAGAAAGGCCGCAGUCAAAGAGGUUCAAGCCCUUCUCGAUCGCCUCGACGCAUCUUCAUAG